AUGCCUAAACCUUGCAACGCCGACGGUAGUCAGCAGUCUCCGGCCAUGGACGCGGACGGCAUGCCAUUGAUAUCAGGGAUGGACGCAUUAGGGAUCCCGGCUGUUAGUUCGCUGGAGUUGACGAUGGACGUUACAUUCGAAAGCCCGAAAACUUGGAUUCCUACCGUUGAUGCAUCAUUUUUGCCAAAGGUUGGCCAGCGUUUCACUACCUUGGGUCUGGGCAUUAAGUUCUACAUGGAUUAUGCGUUUGCUGGUGGCUUCGACGUACGACAUAGUACCAUGAAGCGCGACAGGGAGGGCGGUGUUACCAUGCGGUAUAUGGUGUGCAGUCGUGAAGGUGUCAAGGGUGGUGGAAAACGCACCGUCGGUAAGGCGGACGAUGCCGGGGGUGAUAGCCAUAAACAGCGUAGGCGAAGGAUUUCUAACAGGGUUGAGUGCAAUGCGAAGAUAUGCUUUAGGAAGGACCAUACCGGGGAGUUCGUGGUGUCUAUUUUCGUAGAGGAUCACAGCCACAGUUUAUGCUCCGAGCCUUCUAAAGUAUUCAUGCGGGGCAACCGAAAGCUUGAUGUGGCACAACAAGCGUUUAUCAGUAACUGUAUCAAGUCUAAUAUUGGACCAUCUAAGGGAUUCAGGUUAUGCAAGGAGGGUGCGGGUUCGUACGCUAAUGUUGGUGCUACCAACAUGGAGUUUCAUAAUUUCAAACGGGACCUACAAGCCUACAUUGCGGGGGGUGACGGAGAGAUGAUUAUUAAGAAGUUCACCCAAAAACGUGAAGUUUGUGAUGGUUUUGUUUUUGAUUACCAUCUCGAUACAGAAAAUCGAUUAUCACGCCUAUUUUGGGCAGACACCAUUAGCCGGUCUAAUUAUUCCCUGUUUGGCGACGUUAUUUCGUUUGAUGCAACUUAUGGCACGAACAGAUACUCUUUGGUGUUUGUGCCUUUCACUUGGGUGGACAACCACAAACGUUGUGUUACUUUUGCAGCCGGGCUACUAACCAGGGAGGAUUCCGAAUCAUACAUGUGGUUGUUGGAGAAGUUCAAGUCAGGAAUGGGUCAUAGCCCCCGUUGUGUUGUAACCGAUCAAGACCCAGCUAUGAAAGUUGCUAUUGAGCGGGUUUUACCUGAAUGUCGUCACCGGUUCUGUAUGUGGCACAUCAUGACCAAGGUUAGCGAGAAGAGUGGGGUGGAGUUAGCAAGAAACGAGGUUUUCCGCCGCAAAUUAAAUGGUAUUGUUUGGAGCGACAAGAUUUGUGUCGCUGAAUUCGAGGCGCAAUGGCAGGCGUUGAUGGAAGAGUACCGACCAGUGGACAAUCGGUGGUUUUGCAAAUUGUACGAGGAGCGGAGUUUUUGGAUUCCUGCGUUUUUUAUGGACUUGCCCAUGAGUGGGUUGCUACGUACCACAUCCCGUUCUGAAGCUCAAAAUAAUGUGUUCGGCCAGUUCACACGCCCACACUCCAGUUUGGUAGUGUUCUAUGUGCAGUUUGAGUGUGUCCUUGAGGCCCAACGCCACAAACAAGCCAAGAUGAAUGCUGAGUGCGAGGCAUAUUUGCCCGAGUUUAAAACACCCUUGCCAAUGGAGCGCCACGUGGCACAGUUGUUCACAAUCACGAUUUUUUAUGAGUUACAAAGGGAGAUUGUGGCGGGUUGUUUUGACUGCCGGGUGGUUGGUAUACACGAGGAGCAAGGCCAAAUUAGGUACGACAUUAAGGGCGCGGAUAACACAGACGCACAGAUGGAGGUGCUCCCUACUCAGUAUGUUGUGGGCCGUUGGUGCAAACAACGUAAUGUGGGUGCCUACACCACACGAGGAUGCCAUGGUGAUACGGGUGAGUUAGGAUCAAAUCGGUUAUGGGCUGAGAUCAACGCCUCCGCUGCACUGGUCGGGAAUAAUAGUGGUCGUGUGUCACGCAUGGUCCAAGUACUCCAGGAGUUGAGAGGGGAAUUCACGUCGGGUGAUAAUAGCGCGGGCCACGUAGGUGGGAAUAUGAGUGCGAUUGAAGCGUUCUGCGGGGUUUCGCGACCCCGAAGCAUCACAAUUAAAGCCCCAGCUCAAGCUAAAAACAAGGGAAGUGGAAAAUGA